GUACCUGUAUUCAUCAUGACCUUUUGCAGGUGGUAUCAGGAAGAGCUUGGUAAGGUGGCAAUGUCAAGAUCACCACCACAUAUAACAAAGGAAGAGUUAGUGCGACUUAUGAAGUGGAAACUCUCUCGUGGGAAAUUUCGACCUCGCUUAGUGCAGUUGGCUGAUUCUAAUAGUGAAGAAAUUGUGAAGACUGCCUCUGAAAAGGGAAUUCAGCUAGCAUUAAAAGAUAAAGUCAAAGAUGCUAUUAAUGAAUUAGUUGUCCUCAAAGGAAUAGGACCGGCAACUGCAUCAGGAAUACUUGCUGCCUGUGUUCCCGAAAAAUGCUGUUUCUUUGCAGAUGAAGUAGCAAAUGCCAUUCCAGCCUUAGCUACGCUUAAGUAUGAUGUUAAGGAGUAUAUGCUACUUAAUCAGAGUAUGGUAGAAUGUGCACUUCGCCUUAAUAAGGAACUUUUGAAAGGAGAUGAAAACAAAAAUGCGGAAGCAGACUGGACUCCACAUAAAGUUGAAUUAGCUUUAUGGACACACAGUAUUAUUGAACAGAGCAAGCCUGAACUUCUCGCAGAUAUAACAGUAACUCCUAAAGAAGGUAGUGCCAAAUCAAAGAGAAGACGACUGGAAUAGAAAAUAGUAUGGUAAAGGAGCAGCUAUCAGCUAGAAUAAGUACAAUUUUUUAAGUUGAAAACUAUGUUAAGGAAUUUCUUAUCUACAAAUUCUUUAGUAGCAUUGAAGAAAGGUUUUGGAAAAAAAAAAAACUUCAAAGUUAGAUUUUGUAUUAUUGUUGUGUUGAUAAAUUUUCACAAAUCAAAGAAGGUAUGUUACUUUAUAUAUUUUACUUUUGGUCAGAUAGGUAUGUUUUGUGUGAAUACUGUGUAAUCUGACCUCAAAAGGAAAUGAAAAGAAGGAUUUAGUUGUUAACUCUACUGGAAAUAUAACUCCAGUAAAAAAAAAUUUCUCUAAUUAUAUAAUGAUCUUGAAACUUCAUAGCAAAUGAAUAACUGUCUACAGAACACUGCAGCUUCUCACAAUUUGAAGAAAUUAAAUGAACUCUAAUUUUUAUAAAGGCAUACCUUUCCUGAAAGGACAAGUUAGUAGGAAAAAGAAUAAGCAGUUGACUUGUUUAAAUUAAAGUUUAUCAUGAUUCUGUCAGUAAACCUUAUACUAUAUAUAGAUAGUAACAAAUUUUUGUGCCCAUCUUAACCAUUUUCCUUUUAUUUUUUUGUAAUGAAGAAUGAACAUAUUUUAUUUUGGCUUUAUUGGUAGUUCAAUAUUCUUUCCUGGUACGUACAAACUUUGGCCGUAUAUAGGCUCAUUAUGUUUAUAGGUUCUGAGUGUGUGUGUGUGUGAGUGAUUGUGUUUAUGUAUUACAGUUUAGCAUAGCAUAAGAUUAUUAGCAUGGGGGAGUUGCUAUAGACAAGUGUUUCCUUUCCUCAUGUUCAGCAGACAGUAUUGAGUCAUGGUUUCAGAAUCCAUGUAUAUUAGAUAACGAAGGUAUCAGUAGCUUUGCUAUCUGGCUUGACAGUUUUUGGUGGUAACAACAAACUGUAAUAUUAGGAAAUCAGUUGUGAACUCCUCCCCCCUCCUACAUACAAACAAGUGCCUUGUAACGAAGAUUGGAAGUUCA